UAGAAAAACUCUGUGUUAGAUUAGGGUUUCUGCGUCGGCUAGUUUCGACGCAGGAGACCACACAGGCGAGGCGAGGAGAGGAGGAGCAGGGGCGAUGGGCGCGCCGAAGCAGAAGUGGACGCAGGAGGAGGAGGAGGCGCUCCGCCGCGGCGUGCUCAAGCACGGAGCCGGCAAGUGGCGGACCAUCCAGAAGGACCCCGAGUUCAGCCCGGUCCUCUCGUCCCGCUCCAACAUCGACCUCAAGGACAAAUGGAGGAAUCUAAGUUUCAGUGCAAGUGGACUGGGUUCAAGGGAUAAAAUGAGGGUUCCAAAAAUAUCUGGACCCUCAUCUUCCCCAGCGUCUAGCUCACAGGCUCAGCUUCUCCCAGUGGCCAAUAAAGUUGCUGAAGCUUCACAAGAUGCUGAAAAAAAGCCACAGGAUGGGAAAACUCCACCAAAGUAUGGUGCCAUGAUCCUGGAAGCUCUUUCGGAAUUGAAUGAGCCAAAUGGUUCAGAGAUUAGUGCAAUCUUUGGCUUUAUAGAGCAAAGGCAUGAAGUGCAACCAACCUUUAGAAGAUUGCUUAGUUCAAAGUUGCGGCGACUUGCAGAAUCAAAAAAAAUUGAAAAGGUUGAUAAUAAGUUGUAUAGGCUUGUAGAUUCCUCUGCGACAAGAACUCUAGCUCCGAUAAAAGCAUCAGCUCCAAAGCAGAAGGAUUUAUCGAAGCCAUCGAAGGUGUCAAAGAACCUAGGACUGUUUGUCGCCACCAGCCCAGCACUAGAGGCAGCGAUGGCGGCGGCAGCCAAAGUAGCUGAUGCGGAGGCGAAAGCACACGAUGCACAUGAUCAGAUGAUGGAGGUAGAAAGGAUCCUCAAGAUGGCUGAGGAGACGGAGUCUCUCCUCACAGUUGCAGCAAUUGCCUAUGAUCGAUGUUCAAGGGGAGAGAUAACCACAUUAAAUCCGGCGCCAAGGAAGCUCUGAAAUCUACUGGAGACCUCUGUUCUCUUGUACAUGGAUAGGUUGGCCUGGAUUGUUAUCUGCCCAUAUUGCUCCUGUGUUGUAUAAUUUAACUGUUUGUGCUGUACCUGGGAUAUCGGGUUAACUAAAUAACACCAGUGCAUCUCCUGACACCAAUUUUGCAUGAUUUGUGAUCGCAUCUUA